GCGGCGGCAGAACACGACGUUUUUGAAUCCUCACAGCAGUUUGACGGUGCGCUGUCGGUAUCUGUUUAUCAAGUGUGUGUGUUUGGGUGUGUUCGUGUUUCAGCUCUGCCUCAACACACGGAGCAGCCGGCCGGUCAGUCUGAGAAAAAAACAACCGGUAGAGACUUGUUUAUCUCCGGUUUAUUCUGGUGUUUCUUAUAUUUUCGCUGUUAACGGUAAGCUAACAGUUUGCGUGUUAGCUUGUGUGUGUGUGUGUGUGUGUGUGCGGCGUUACCAUGGUGACGCUCCGAGGUAGCGGCAGAGGGGAAGCGGGUCGGAGCAGCAGGCCGCCGCCGCAGCAGCAGAGGCCGGCCAGGAGCUCCGAUCCCCCGCCGCGGGCUGCACCAGGGACCCGGAGCAGGAGCACCGUCACCGGGCAUCAAUUUAAUGCCGAAGAUGAUGAACAGAAUCACGUGGAUUCAGAAACACACGAGGAUGAAGAUGAGACACCAGCGAGAGGCAUCAUCAGGAAAUCUGCAAGGCUUCAAAACGCUGCAGGUGGCAGGAGGAGCGGGCUGAGGAGAAGCACCAGGCCGACCAAACCGACCAGCAGAUAUCAGGCCUCCAACAUGUUCGACGGCAUCAGCACCAACACGGCCAGGUCGGUCAUGAAGAGGAUGGACAACAUGAAGAAGAAGAGGCGGCUUAGUCACAACGAAGAAGGAAAGAUCUACUCUAAAGCCCAGAGGAGGAGAACACCGGUGCCGCAACAGAGAGAGCUCAGUGACAGCGAGGAUGAAAAGGGUGCAGUCGAUGACGAGAACAGCAGGCAGAAAGUGGCUGCAGAUGACGACAGCAACUGCAGCACUAACCAGAACUUUGACGCCAAACUGAGCCGAGCCUCGUCGCUCUACCAGGGACCCGGCAACGAGUUCCCGAGAGGAACCUUCAGGAUCAGCGCCUCAGGACCAAACACGACCCGCAGAGGAGCAUUCAGACCCACUAAGAGUGCGUGGUCGAAGCAAUCUGAUGAAGACAACGACUCUGAUGAUGAAGUGCAAAACGUUGAAAAAGUCCCUGGAAGCUGUCGCCCGCUCGGCCUGCGUACAGAAGAUCUUCUGGGCACUCGCAGAGACAGGAUUAACGCAGGAGCAGGUCUGGCAGACAUUGAUCCCAUGACCAUCGACCAAUCGGUGGGGUUUGACAGCAUCGGAGGUCUGUCGGGUCACAUCUCAGCUCUGAAGGAGAUGGUUGUUUUCCCGCUUCUCUACCCCGAGGUGUUUGACAACUUCAAGAUCCAGCCUCCCAGAGGUUGUCUGUUUUACGGACCUCCUGGGACGGGGAAAACGCUGGUUGCCCGGGCGCUGGCCAACGAGUGUAGCCACGGCAACAGGAAGGUGGCCUUCUUCAUGAGGAAGGGAGCCGACUGCCUCAGCAAGUGGGUGGGCGAGUCGGAGAGGCAGCUGCGGCUGCUGUUUGAGCAGGCGUAUCAGAUGCGUCCCUCCAUCAUCUUCUUUGACGAGAUCGACGGUCUGGCUCCGGUCCGAUCCAGCAGACAAGACCAGAUCCACAGCUCCAUCGUUUCGACGCUCCUGGCUCUGAUGGACGGGUUGGACAGUCGAGGUGAGGUUGUGGUGAUCGGAGCGACAAACCGGCUGGACUCCAUCGAUCCAGCGCUGCGACGGCCCGGACGCUUCGACAGGGAGUUCCUGUUCGGCCUGCCUGACAGAGAGUCUCGUAAAGAGAUUCUGAAAAUCCACACCAGGCAGUGGAAACCUCCUCCGUCUGAAGAUUUCCUGGAUGAACUGGCUGAGCGAUGUGUCGGUUACUGCGGUGCUGACGUCAGGGCGGUGUGCACCGAGGCGGCGCUGUGUGCUCUGCGGCGCCGCUACCCACAGAUCUACGGCACCUCCCAGAAGCUCCUGCUGGACGUCUCUUCCAUCGCCGUCGGCAGCUGCGACUUUCUGGCUGCCAUGAGGAAAAUGUCGCCCGCCUCCCACCGCCUCGCUGCUUCGCCCGCCAAACCCCUGUCACCUGUGGUUCACCCGCUGCUGGGCGCCGCCCUGCGCGACAUCCUGGAGACUCUGCAGAGGCUGUUCCCUCACGCUGAGCAGGGGAUUAAGAGGAAGAGGGAGCCAGAUCUGACCUCUGGUAUCCUUGACGACGGCCUGAUGUGUGGAGGAGAUGAGGGCUCCAGCACAUCCAGCAUCUCCACACGCUCCACCUCCAAGAGCAGAAACUUUCUGCACUUUGCCAGGAGUGCAGUCAAACACCCAACGUCCCACCGUCCCAGGAUGCUCCUGGCAGGUCGUCCUGGUGCUGGUCAGACUUCCCACCUGGCUCCUGCGGUUCUGCACACUGUGGAGCGUUUCACUGUCCACAACCUGGACUCUGCAGUGCUGUUUGGAGUCAGCAGCACCUCCCCAGAGGAAGCGUGCGCCCAGGUGUUCUGCGAGGCCAAGCGGACGUCUCCCAGCAUCCUGUACAUCCCCCACAUCCAGCAGUGGUGGGAGACUGCGGGGCCCGCGUUGAGGGCCUCCUUCCUCAGCCUGCUGGGCAGCAUCCCCUCCUUCUCCCCCAUCCUCCUCCUCGCCACCUGCAGCGUCCCCCAUCAACAGCUGGACCCAGAGAUUCAGUUUCUGUUCCGGGAGGAGUACGGGGAGGUUUACACCAUCAGUGUUCCCAGCUGGCAGGAGAGGACCGACUUCUUCCAGGACCUCAUUCUGGACCAGGCGGCCAAGGCGCCGCCAUCCAACAAAAAAACAUUGACUCAGGCCAUGGAGAUCCUUCCCCUGGCUCCCCUGCCUCCCCCCCGCCAGCUGCCGGAGCAGGAGCGCCUCCAUCUGGAGGAGCAGGAGGAGGACGUGCUGCGGGAGCUCCGCCUCUUCCUGCGUAACGUCACAGAGCGUCUCACUCUGGACCGCCGCUUCAAGGCCUUCACCAAACCGGUCGACAUAGAGGAAGUCCCGGACUACACGAUGGUGAUCAGGAAGCCCAUGGACCUCUCCACGCUGCUGACCAACAUCGACGAGCACAAGUACGUCACCGUCAGAGAGUUCAUGUCUGACGUAGACCUCAUCUGGCAGAACGCCCUCGAGUACAACCCAGACAGCGACCCCAUGGACCGUCACAUCCGUCACCGUGCGUGCGCUCUGAAGGACACGGUGCGCGCCAUCAUCAGAGACGAGCUGGACGCAGACUUUGAGAGAGUCUGCGAGGAGAUCCAAGAGUCGCGCAUCAAGAGAGCUUCUUCCGGUGGGACUGAGGCCAACCCAGAGGAGGCUAGCGGUGUUUGCAGCUCGGCCUUCACCAGAAACAGCACCGGACCUCGAACUUGUAAGAAAAAGCGUUACAAACACUGGAGAAAAACCAAGUGGAGCACCGGUGUCAUUAAGAAAACCAAGAAAAAGAAGUUGCCCAUCCCUGCCUCGUCUUCCUCCGCGUCCAGCAGGGGCAACUCUGAGUCAAGCCCAGAGGAAAACAGAGCUGUGGAUGAUCCAAGCUCAUCCACCGCGUCAGAGAGCAGCGAUGGGGAGCAGAGCCACCUAACAGCCAUGAACGGGUAUCUUCACGACUUAAAUGGCGUCCCAGAUAUCCAAAAUGGAGUCUUUGUGAAUGGGUACCAUCAUCCCGAGCCACUUAUCCUCCAGCCAGCUGACAGCGCCCCCACAGGGAGGCAGAACCUCAGGGAUCAGACCCGGACCUCAAAGACUCCCCUGAGCCUGCAGACGAUGGUGAACGGGGUUUGUUUGAGCAAAAUAGAAAAGUCUAACAGGGGUGAGACGAGAGCCAAGAAGGCCGCCUUGGAGCAGAUGCAGCUGUUCAACAGAGGCAGAUCUGUGGAGAUCCUCGACGAGGAAACACCACGGCUGGUAGUCGAUCACAGCAAACUGAGGGAUCUCCUCAGCAGAGCUGUGGCUAAAUCAGAAGGCGCAGAGGUGGAGCCGCUGGAGAAGCUUUACGCUCUGCUGGCUCAGUGCAUCUACAGACACAGACACAGCUACAACAAGACGGAGCUCAUUCGGGAAAUGAAGAAAGAAAUCGACAGCUUCUCUUGAUCUCCCGUACCAGGUCUACUUUAAUAAAACCUCAGUGCAUUCAAACAGGAAGUUGUUUACUCCUCAUUCUGUUAGCUAGAAUAUUUGUUAAUGUGACCAAUUAUAACAGAGUAAUCCUUACGACCAUGCAGUAUUAUUUAAUUUUAAUUUAUCAUGACGUAAACUCAAAUAAAAGUGCUAUUGAGGCUUAAUUAUGA